CCCCAAAGCAUGCGCAACAACAGCAGCUGGAGGAAGUGAGAGGAGGAAGGAAACACAUAAGCAGGAGCGUAUGAAAGCUUUACUGUUCGCCAGGUUUGAUUUUAGCGGUGUGAAAACGAAAGACAGGGGCAUAGAGUGGAUUAGACGUGUAUUUCUAUGAGCUUAGUAUUUUAAUAUUCAUAAUUCAGCUUUGCUCCUUUUGAAGAGAAGACAGAAGACCAGAGGAAGUAACAGGUUCGCUCACAGCAAUAACAAGCCUGAUGCACCAUGGCAUCGAGAAAGAAAGUUCUUCUGAAAGUCAUCAUACUUGGGGAUUCAGGAGUUGGAAAGACAUCUUUAAUGAACCAGUAUGUCAACAAGAAGUUCAGCAAUCAGUACAAAGCUACCAUAGGAGCUGACUUUCUAACGAAGGAGGUGAUGGUUGAGGAUAGACUUGUUACUAUGCAGAUUUGGGAUACAGCCGGACAGGAGAGGUUCCAGUCUCUGGGGGUGGCGUUUUAUCGUGGAGCGGACUGCUGUGUGCUGGUGUAUGAUGUUACUGCUCCCACCACCUUCAAGACUCUGGAUUCAUGGAGAGAUGAGUUUCUGAUACAGGCUAGCCCUCGUGACCCAGACAACUUCCCUUUUGUGGUGCUUGGCAACAAGAUUGACCUGGAAAACAGGCAGGUGACGACGAAGCGAGCACAGGCGUGGUGUCAGAGUAAAAACAACAUGCCGUACUUUGAGACCAGCGCAAAAGAGGCCAUAAACGUUGAACAGGCAUUUCAAACCAUUGCACGCAAUGCUCUGAAACAGGAGACAGAAGUAGAGCUGUAUAAUGAGUUUCCAGACCCAAUUAAACUGGACAGGAAUGACCGAUCCAGCCCUUCGGCAGAAAGCUGCAGCUGCUGAGACAUGUUUACAUAGACACUAACAUGCACUGUUUCAUGAAAACAGAUUUGCACACUAUUAAUUUUACUCUUCAACAUACACACACAUGUCCAUAUACACCUUUUACAACAUGAUUAUAUUAUAAACUCUGGAACUAGAGAGUGGUAAUUUGGGAGUACAUAAUUUUUAUUCCAUCCAGAUUUACUUUUGUUUCUCUGUGUAUUUUUAGUUUACUUUAAUCUGCUGAAAUAGCGGCAUCCUAAUCAUAAAAGGUAAAGCACUAAAAUAUAUGGUGAUAUAGAGGCAUAACUGCUAUAUAUGUGAAACUAAUUUUAUUUUCUUUCUGUAACUAGAAGUUUGUUGUUUAAUUUGUUCAUUUAAAUCUACAUUAUUAAUACCGUUUUCUGAUUAAGUGGUACAGCUAGGUCACGCAGGAGAGAAACAUGUUAUCUUGUAUAUUCUGUUGCUGCCAGGUGACAUAAACUUGUAAAGUAACCAUACAUUUUUCACACAAAUAUAAGAGACUAGAGAAUAAUAUAUAGAGUUUGUCUUUUGAUUUAGGCUGCUGCCAGUGUGGUGAAGGGACAUUUUUAUCUUAUUUUGCCUAGCAGAAUCUUAUGUAGGGUCAAGGCAUUCCUUGAGAUGAAAAUAAAAAUAAAAUUGUAUUUUAUUUUAUGCACACACAUUGUCAGAAUCUGUAGUUUUGUUAUAGAUUUUCACCCAUUCAUCCCAGUGGAUAAAUCUGAAUGUACCUCUCAGUA